AUGUGUAUACAAGAACAUAAAGCUGUUGUUGCACUAUUGCAAAAGUAUUUAAAUGUUCUCAAUAGUGAUGUUAUUAUUAAUCCACCAAUACUUGUUUCAGGUCAACUAUUUCAUCCUUCACCAAAUGCAGAUGGACUUAUGAUUGCACCAGAUAUUGCAGUAUAUCUGGAUGAGACAUAUGUUUCAAGAUCUUCCAAUCCUAGACCUCUCAAUUUUGAAACUUCUCUAAGUGGUAGUCAACCUAAUGGGUGUAAUGCUCUGGGUAACCCAGCAUAUCAGAUCAACAUUCCGAUAAGUGAUGUAUUUUAUGACCCACCUAUUCCAGCUAUUGGAUAUGUUCUACUGGUUUCUUGUUCUGCAAUUCCUGGUAGUAAUUUCAUCAUUGAUCUUUACGAAAUUUAG